AUGCACGGUGAGUACGCUUUGGAAGAAGCCGCUGAGAGCGGUUCUCGGAGCGAUUUGACGUCGGAUGAGGAUCAACGCCUGUCUAAAGGCUCUCCAGAGAAGCAAGAUGACGAUGACGAGUAUGAGAUUUUAUCUACCAGAGAUGGCGGUGAUUAUGAUGGAGACAUUGAUGAUGAUGUCAACGACGAACCAGAACCUACCUCCACCAACCCAAGCCGCCAGCCAGAAGAAAAUCUGUCACCAAACGUUGCUACAUCCGGAGCCAUUGCCAGAAAUAAUGGCGACAUUGAAUGGGCAAUCAGCAAGGCUUACCAGAUGCAAAAUUUUAUGCGGGAAUUUGACAUCCUCGAUACUUUGCAUGAUUGCCUCAGACAUAUCCCUGGGUUUGUCAAGGACAGGUUCCUGCUUUCUGUGGACUACAAUCUACAUCAAGGGGGUUAUGUUAUGUCCUCUGAUGGACCAAAAUUUGAUUUGAGUCUAUUUAAGACUGUGGAGGGAUUCCGUGGUGUUAGCCAGAGGACCUACUACAUUCUACAGGUCCUCUCUCCCGACUUGGCAGCGGUGAGAGCUGGUAUCACCACCCUGUACGAAUGUGAUGGUUAUCAGCAAGCUUUGAACAACUUCUGCAUAAGAAGCUUUCGGAAGGCAGGCUCUGGCGCCUUUAGCAUUUACCCAGCCAAGCAUGUCCGGAUCAAAUUCUACAACAGCCCACACUUUAUGGAGACAUUGUUGAGCAUGGCAAAGGCUACAUUUUCACACCAAGUUUCCUCAAACAUGCAAUUUGGCUGCAAGUUUCCUGGUGGCAGAUUGGAUCGAAUAUUCAAUGUCCCCAGUGCAGAAGCUGCCACAGCCAGGCUAGCUGUGAAAUUGGAAGACUUGAUAAGGAGAAGAUAUGAGAAUGAGAGACUGUUUUCACUUGCAGUUGAUCCUCCCGAGGGAGCCCAGGCUUCUACUCGUGAAAGACUCAUGGUUACGUCUACAGAUCUUUACGAACCCCAAUUGUCCAGCCAGAAGCAACAAUUGAGCCCAAAUUAA